AUGGGAAAAUUUUCAAGAACAAAAAAAUUGAAAUAAUGUCUUUAAGUUCGCUUAGUUUCAAAGGUUUAAUAAGGAUAAAUAAAAGUAUAAAUAAAAAAACCAGAAAUUGGUAAACCUGCUGGUUUGAGCAAGAUUUCAGUUUAAUAACCAAAGAUAUGGAGCACUCAAUAACCAGAUAUAAAUUUUAUAAGUUAUCUUAUGAAAGAAGGAAGACAUUUUUUACUUCAUUUUGCAGGAGCUAAGAAGAAUUUAAAAAAUGAAUAAGAUGAAUAUAGAAAGAUGAUUAAAUAGGAAAAAUAUAAUGAAUAAAAAUCUAAUUAACCUUUGUAUGAAUUUUUAGAAUCUUUUUCUGAAAAUUAUCUUGGAUAACCUUAGAGAAACAAGAAAAAAGAAAGAAUAGUUGUAUUUUUCUUCAGAAACAAUGGUUUAUUAAAUCUUAAAGGUAGAUAUCCAAAAGAAUUGACUUUAUAAAAUUAGAAAUGGAAAACAAUACUUAAAGAAAUAAAAUUCUUAUUAGAUGAGAUAUUUUAUUUAGAAUUAAUUGGAAUAUUAAAAAAAUUAGAGAAUAAUUAUAGUAUUGAACGUAUUGCUGAUGAUUUAUUAGAUUAAUUUAUUCAAACCAAUAAUUUAAAAGAUAUUUAAGUGAUAUUUAAAAAUCUUUUGAUUCAAAUAUUUAAGAGUCGUAAUGAUGAAUUAUUAUAUUGGGAUAAAGUUUAGAAUUUAUCACCAGAUUAAAUAUUUAAAAUUUAUAAGGAAAGAAUCAAAUUUUAUAAAAAUUAGAUUAUGACUUUCAUCAAGAAUAUAUAAAUUCUCUUUGAAGGAGAAUAAUUAGAUUCUUAAUAAAAUAUUUAAUAUUAAGAGAUAGAAAAAAAUUAAUUUGAGGAUUCUGAUUAUUAGUAACCAAUCACCUAAGAUUAUUCUAUCAUAAAUUUUCAUUCAGAAGAAUUCUGA